AUGGACGAAUCCAUCUCUUCCUUUGUCGCUAUUACCGGAGCAACUGCAGAUGUGGCUCGCGGGUUCCUUCAGAUAGCAAACGGUGAUUUCGAAAGAGCCAUUGGAUUAUUUUACGAAAACCCGGAGCUUGCCUCUGGAGUUGGUGCUGGCAUCGCCGAACCGACCUCCGGUCCAGCCAACCCAACAUCUUCAUCGAGGCGCCGCCCCCAUAUUGGCCGCGAGGACGCAAGCGGUAUCAUUCACAUAAGUGACGAUGACGAUGAUAACGAUGAUGACGACGAUGUCAUGAUGGUCGAUGAUGCGGGAAGUGGUGACGAUGGCGAGCGAGCUGCAGCUCAACACGCGGCGGCCAUGGCGCAAGAAGAGGAGGAUGCCGCCAUGGCAAAGCGGCUGCAGGAAGAGCUGUACCAAGGUAAUUCGGCCGGACCAGGAGCACACGAUGAUGUCAGGGCUCCUAUCGCACGAACGACAGAGACACUUGUUGCUCCGGAUCCUGCCUGGGAUGGUGCUGUAGAUGACGAGACGACUCGAAGGUUUCUGGAGCAUCUGCGGAAUAGAAGACAUCCCCCUCGUAAGUCCUCUUCUUUUACUAUCAUGAGGCUUCUCCGUCUCUGGGUUACUCUCGGCGCCCCUUUUACUGAUUUGCGGCAUGUAGCUCGUAGUGGCGGCCCGUUCGCUCAGCGAAUCUGGGGUGAUGCUCCCGGCGUGACACCACCCAGCACCACGGAAAAUGGAACCCACGCGCGACGAUUAGAGGACCUCUUUCGACCACCGUAUGAUCUGAUGGCCCGCUUUAGCUGGGACGAAGCAAGAACGCUGGGGAAAGAAGACAAGAAAUGGAUCCUGGUCAAUCUCCAAGACAUGAACGACUUCAACUGCCAGGCCCUCAACCGAGAUAUAUGGAAAGAUGCAGCGGUUAAGGAGCUUGUAUCUGAGAACUUUAUCUUUUUACAGUAUGACAAGGACUAUCCAGAUGCCGAAGAGUACAUCACCUUUUACUUUCCCAAUCGAACACACGAGAAUCCAGACAACUACCCUCAUGUAUCCAUUGUCGAUCCCAGAACUGGAGAACAGGUCAAGGUAUGGAGUGGGCGGCCUUUCCCAACUGCUGUUGAAUUUCACGCCGAGUUGGCCGAGUUCCUAGACAGAUACAGUCUCGCUGCCAAUAGCAAAAAUCCCGUUGCCAAGUCCACAACGCGAAAGCCGGCAGUGGUGGAUGUAGACCGGAUGACCGAGGACGAAAUGCUGGAGAUGGCCUUGAAGAAUAGCCUUGCAGCUGGUGGCGGCGAAAGCAGUCGAUCGACGUCGACACCAAACAUUCAAGAUCCAGAUGCCUUUACGAAAUCGCCCGGUCCCAGUGAUGGCGUGGGAGAUGGCGGCAAGGGCAAAGAGCCCGAAGUGGCACCCGAGCAAAGUGUUUUCGCCCUGAUAUCCAGCGGGAAACCGCACACAGAACCGGAGAAUAAUCCCGCAACAACAACCAGAAUACAAUUUAGACACCCUACGGGUCGUGUCAUUCGACGAUUCAACUUGCGAGAUCCGGUGCGCCGGAUUUACGAGUGGCUCAAGGCUGAGCCGAUGCCAGGUAAAGAUGGCGUCGAGUUCGAGCUAAAGAAGAUGCCACAAGGCCAGGAUCUAAUUGGAGAUGUGGACAGCACUAUUGAGGAGACUGGGCUCAAACAAGGCACCGUAAUGAUUGAAUUCAUCGAGGACUGA